UGCACAGUAAUUGUUGUCAUAGUAGGAAAAGUUAGGUAUUAAAGAUAUUUCGUAGCAAAAUCAUGGCACAAGUGCCCAUUGCAAUCGCCUCACACAAGCGACAGGUGUGCAGCUUGUACAAACGUGCCUUACGCAAUCUAGAAGCUUGGUACGAUCGCCGACAUGUGUACCGUUAUCGUGCUGUGCAGAUGCGCGCCCGUUUCGAUGAGAAUCGCAACAAGGAUUUAGCUGAAGGCAUUAGACUGCUGGCCUGCGGUCAACAGGAACUGUUCCAAACAAAGCAUUUCCAGCCGCGCACUUUUGCCAACAGUGCUGGAGGCUGCGCCUUUGAGCGUGAGGUUAUACCACCCGACUGGCUGCUAGACUAUUGGCAUCCAUUGGAGAAAGCCCAAUAUCCCGAGUACUUUGCAAAGCGUGAGCAACGCAAGAAGGAAUUUGUUGUUUGGUGGGAGAAACAGUAUGGCAAGCCAGACCCUAAGGACUUGGGACACCAUUAAAUCAAACGAAAUAACUUUAUUAAUUUAGUUCACCACAAUUGGAAUUUCCACGUGUGUUCCAAAGUAAAAUAAACAAUGAAAUCGAUUUUUCUCUA